GCUAUUUCUCGGCUCGGUUUCGCUUUGCCGGCGCAGCAGCGGAGCGGUGACAGCGGGGUUCGGAGCCUCCUCUCGAUAGGCGGGUACUUAUAGAGGUGAUCUUGGAUAAGAUAAACACCUUGAGCUUCCAGUCUCUCAGGGAUGACUCAGUGGUAUCAGUUGCAGCAACUUGAUUCCAAAUUCUUGGAGCAAGUACACCAGCUGUAUGAUGACAGCUUUCCCAUGGAAAUCAGACAGUAUCUGGCACAAUGGCUGGAAAAUCAAGACUGGGAGCAUGCUGCCAACAACGUUUCAUUUGCUACGGUAUUGUUCCAUGACCUCCUGUCACAGCUAGACGAUCAGUUCAGUCGGUUUUUAAUAGAAAACAACUUUUUGUUGCAACACAACAUCAGGAAAAGCAAACGUAAUCUUCAGGAUCAUUUUCAAGAGGACCCAAUACAAAUGGCAAUGACAAUCUUCAACUGUCUGAAGGAAGAAAGGAAAAUACUGAGCAGCGCCCAGUUGUCAGACCAGAUGCAGGUGGGGAACAUACAGAAUACUGUAAUGCUGGACAAACAGAAGGAGCUGGAUAUGAAAGUCAGGAGUGUGAAGAACAACGUUGUGGAAGUAGAACAAGACAUCAAGACUCUAGAGGAUGUGCAAGAUGAAUAUGACUUUAAAUGCAAAACCUUACAGAACAGAGAAAAUGAGACCAGUGGAGUGGCACAGGAUGAAUAUAAGAAAGAACAGCUUGUCCUCCAGAAGAUGUUUCUAACACUUGACCUUAAGCGAAAGGAAGUGGUGAGCAAAAUAAUAAAUCUGUUGAAUAUAUCAGAGCACACACAAAGUGCUUUGAUUAAUGAAGAGCUUGUUGAAUGGAAGCAUAGACAACAAAUUGCUUGUAUUGGUGGCCCACCCAAUGCCUGCCUCGACCAGCUACAAAACUGGUUCACUAUUGUUGCUGAGAGUCUUCAGCAAGUUCGCCAGCAGCUUAAAAAGCUUGAGGAAUUGGAGCAGAAAUUUACAUAUGACCCAGAUCCCAUUACAAAAAACAAACAAGUCCUGCAAGACCGCACAUGCAAUCUUUUCAAACAACUCAUUCAGAGUUCUUUUGUGGUGGAGAGGCAACCUUGCAUGCCAACUCAUCCUCAGAGGCCAUUGGUCCUGAAGACUGGAGUGCAGUUUACAGUAAAACUGAGAUUGCUGGUGAAGCUACAGGAACUGAAUUAUAAUUUAAAAGUGAAAGUCUUAUUUGAUAAGGACGUGAAUGAGAAGAACACGGUAAAAGGGUUCAGAAAAUUUAACAUUCUGGGAACAAAUACAAAAGUAAUGAACAUGGAGGAAUCCACUAAUGGAAGCUUAGCAGCAGAGUUCAGGCAUCUGCAAUUAAAGGAACAAAAAAAUACAGGAAGCAGAACUAAUGAGGGUCCUCUCAUUGUAACAGAAGAACUUCAUUCCCUCAGCUUUGAAACUCAGCUGUGCCAGCCUGGGCUGGUAGUAGAUCUAGAGACCACAUCCCUUCCCAUUGUUGUGAUCUCAAAUGUGAGCCAGCUUCCAAGUGGAUGGGCUUCCAUUUUGUGGUACAACAUGCUGACUACUGAACCGAAGAACUUGUCUUUCUUUCUGAACCCACCUUGUGCAAGAUGGUCUCAGCUUUCUGAAGUGCUGAGUUGGCAGUUCUCUUCCGUAACUAAAAGGGGACUUCAUGCAGAUCAGUUGAGCAUGCUGGGGGAGAAACUUCUUGGUCCAACAGGUGGAGGCUCUCUUGAUGGCCUUAUUCCUUGGACAAGAUUCUGCAAGGAAAAUAUAAAUGAUAAAAAUUUUCCCUUCUGGCUGUGGAUUGAGGGCAUCCUUGAACUCAUUAAAAAACACCUCUUGUGUCUCUGGAAUGAUGGCUGUAUCAUGGGUUUUAUCAGUAAGGAGAGAGAACGUGCUCUGUUAAAGGACCAAAGGCCAGGGACCUUUUUACUGAGAUUUAGUGAAAGUAGCCGAGAAGGAGCCAUCACUUUUACCUGGGUAGAGGGAUCCCAAAAUGAACCUCAGUUCCAUUCGGUAGAACCUUAUACCAAGAAGGAGCUCUCAGCUGUUACUUUCCCUGAUAUCAUUCGCAACUACAAAGUGAUGGCGGCCGAAAAUAUUCCUGAAAAUCCACUGAGCUACCUGUACCCAAAUAUUCCCAAAGAUAAUGCCUUUGGGAAAUACUACUCCAGACCCAAGGAGACCUCUGAGCCUAUGGAUUUAGAUGGCCCCAAAGGGAAUGGAUACAUCAAGACUGAAUUAAUCUCCGUAUCUGAAGUCCACCCUUCCAGACUCCAGACCACAGAAAACCUCUUACCCAUGUCUCCUGAAGAUUUUGAUGAGGUGUCUCGAAUGGUGAGCCCUGCAGAAAUUGAUACUGUGAUGUGUUCAGCCUAUCCGACUUAAGUGUUAUUCGUCUCUCUACUAUACUGUUUGCACGUGUCCAUCCUUAAGUAGCUUGCAUUUUUCUGCUUCCCUGUUUCACAGCCUGCAGGGGUAUGCAUCAAGGCUGUGCGGUCUGUGACAAGCUUUCCCUACAUUCUGAAGAAACCCCUUGGAUUGUGUGGCACACUAGUGCAUCAGACUGGAGCUUCAGUUCAAUUAAGGAAUUGAGGUUCUUAAUGAGUUCAGUGUGAAAAUGAAUAAUACCCAGAGUAGCCUGUAUGUUACUGAUUGUGAUAUUACAUUCAUUUAAUUGUAAUUUUCAAUGAGCUAGAGAAUUUUCUGUCAACACUGUGAAACUCCAGCACAGAAGGUGGAGGGGGAAAAGCUGGAAAUCCUAGCAACAGGGUAGAGGACAGAUGGGGCUCUUGGUUGGGAGAGCAGCGUGGAAUUAUGGGAGAAGCCCAUGUUUCUACUAAAUUUAUCGUAAAGGAAAUAGUUAUGUUGACAUUUACAAUGUUGUCUGUAGGUUUUAAAGUAAAGGUAAUUCACACCUCCGAGAUUGGUUUCAGGCUGCCUGCAUACUCAGGCAGACAAUAAGCUUCAGUUUGCACUUGGCUCACACUUGGAAGGCUUUCUUCUGCAAUGAGGAGGACUGGAAUAUUUUCUUUUAAAUGAAAGCUUAGAUACUUUCUCAAAGAGUACAGCCACAAACUGCACUGACCUGUGUUUGCUUCUGCUCUGCUAAAUCAGUUGCGUAUCCUUCAUUGUAAAUAAAAACUUGCAUGUUGUUAUGGU